AAUGGGAGAAAGGAGGAAGCCAGCGAAAGACUAAUGAGAACUUCGCAGCGCGACCAUCAAGACUGACUUGGAGAGACGCGUAAAAUUGAUCCGGGUAAAUUGCAGCCUCUAGGAUAUACAAAUCUGCCCCUAAUCGGAUGAAGAUCGUCUUGUGCUGUCCGGGCAGCCCCGUCUCAAUACUGCUCUCCCCCCUCCCCCCUCCCCCCACCCCCCCUUUCCACUACAAGUCUGCAAGCGUGGGUCGCGGAAGGAAUUCAGCUUCCGUGCGUUUGGAGCCGGAGUCUAUAGCCUGCCCCUGUACGUUUCCCGUCCGUAUUUAGCCUGCCUCUUCGAAACAAACUUUCAGCCACUACAAGAGGACGCUUCUUAAAAAAAAAAAUCGCCGAGAGGUUUUCGCUUCGUUAGACAAUGGAUCAGACGUACGGGGAGGUGAAUCAGCUGGGUGGCGUUUUCGUGAACGGGAGACCGCUUCCCAACGCGAUCAGAUUGCGGAUCGUGGAGCUGGCUCAGCUCGGCAUCAGACCGUGCGACAUCAGCCGGCAACUCCGCGUCUCCCACGGCUGCGUGAGCAAAAUCCUGGCCCGCUACAACGAGACGGGCUCCAUCUUACCCGGGGCGAUCGGUGGCAGCAAACCCAGGGUGACCACGCCGACGGUGGUGAAGUACAUCCGAGAUUACAAGCACGGAGACCCGGGGAUCUUCGCUUGGGAGAUACGAGACAGGCUGUUGGCCGACGCCGUGUGUGACAAGUACAAUGUGCCUUCGGUCAGCUCCAUCAGCAGGAUCUUGAGGAACAAAAUCGGUAAUCUUUCGCACUCGGGCCACUGCGAGGGUGCCAAGCAGAUGCCGCCGCAGCCGUCGCUCUCGUAUAACCCCAUUUACCAGUACCCUUACCCCAACCACAUGUCAUCGGCGGCCGCCAAGAUGAGCGGUUCUGCUGGAGUCCCGAUGACAGGGGUGACGGGACACGUCGGUAUCCACAGAGCCUGGCCCAGCGCUCAUUCUGUUACCAACAUCCUCGGACUCCGAAGCCUCGUUGAACAGGCGGCCGCUCUUGGUGGAGUCGAUGCUUCAGCAUAUCAAACAAAAAUAGAAGAUUGGAGUAACGUGAACAGAGCAACCUUCCCCUCAACUCAAAGUGUCAACGGGAUUGAGAAGCAGGCGCUCGAAACGGAUCUGAAAUACUCCCAGCCUCCGUCUGCGCUGCCCGCUGUGAGUAGCUUCGUUCCUCCCUGCGCCGUCGGGCCUUACCCCGCAUCGAACCAGGUGGCGGGCUAUGGGGUGUACGGCGGCCCCGGAGCCGGCUACAUGGCCAGCCACCCGUGGCAGUCGCAGAACAGCGGUCUCUCGCACUCCGGCUCAGGGAUUACCAUGCACGGCGGCGACAUCCACACGCCAAUGCCCUUCAAACACCUCUCGGCCAGAGAAGGCAUAAUUAUGGUUCAGGCUCUACAUGCUAACAAUGAAUGAAAGAACAUAGAAAAAUAUAAUUUUUCUCCAGAGAUGUUGCCUGACCCAUUGUGGUAAUGGGAUAAAAACUUGAGGCAUUUAGCAAGAACUUAGUCGAAUGGUUGAACUUGAUGACCUACAGUACAAGACUAUGGCCAGAGAGCUAGGAUGUGGAAGCAGCUGAAUAGUUAUUGUGCUUGUUUGGCAUGGACACGAUGUGCUGCAAAUUUCUACAAAUCCAUGAACUGGUCCUGGCUGCUCGGGGAAGUGAGCUUGGUGGCUAUGAGUUAAAGCCAACUAUAGUGUGGUUAGCAUCAGUUGGCUGCUGAAAUGUGUUAAUGACCACAGAACACGUUUUGUGUGCAUUCUGCACUGGGUCAAAUGCAUUCAGGUUAAUUGCAUAUUGCAAAACCAGUGCACAUGUUCCAGAACCAGCUCAUUUAGCCCCUGGAACUAGCUCUCGUUAUUUUAUUGAUUCCAAUAUAAUUCAGAAUGAGAUACAGUCCAUGAAUUAUGACUAGUCUGGUGAGAACACAUCACUGACAUGCUAACAAUGACUUCUAGGACUAUCGUAAAGGAUGGAAAUUGAUUGCAAUGAAAGUUGCAUGGUAGCAUAUACACUAAUUGAAACCAUAACGGAUCAGAGAGACAGGUUUGUUAGCUGGGCUUAACGCAUGAUGAUUAUGUACCAACAGAUGCAAGAAGGUUAAUGCUAGAUAUCUAUAAUCUUUGAAGGAGAAAAACAGAAAGACAACUAAAGUUGAUCAUUUGUAAAGUUGGUAAAGUUGUGGUGG